UUAUUAUUCAUCACAAUUAUGAAAUUAUCUUCACUUUAAGUUGACGGGUUGGUUUAGUAGUACCUUUCCUACGCAAUUUCUUUGCAAUCUCUUACGGUUUUGACCGUGUUUUUUGUUAAAAAGUUAUAACAAGGCGCAAUUACGAUUUGCCAAGAUGACGAAGAUAAUACAACAAUUAAACUUUAGUAGUAGUAUUAGUAAUUACUAUGAUGGUGCUGGAAUUGAACCUGACGCUGUGAAGGAGAAGAACUAUUUCGGAGAUGGAGCGUCGUUGAACGCCGCCGGCAGCAAGCGCUCCGCCCUGUCGGCGUCGGACGCCGAGUGCUUCUCGCUGUGCCUGGGCGCCGGGCCUCUGUGGUGGUCCGAUGUCCCUGCUCAUGGCUCAGCACCGCCCGGAGGGGUGAAUAGCGGGGCUUCGAGCCCCGCAACACCAUCCACCCCCACCCACGACGACAACAACCGUGACUUGUUGAGCGCUCUACUAUGGGUGAGCGCGAGUUCCCUGGCCAGCAGUGCGGAGAGUCUGGUCACCGAGGCGAACUCGCCCACCGGUACCCAUCCAGCCCUUCAUCAGGAACGACGUGAAGAGAUAAUACGCAAGAUACUCGAGCGCAAAGACCGCCAGCCCGUGAAGAUCGACUUUAAAAUUUUCCUCACGGAGAACACUGUCACUCGCUGGGAAGCUGUAUUGCAUGGCGGUACCAUCUAUCUCCGCGUGCCAGGGGUCCUGCAGUCUGGCAGCAAGGAGAGCUUUAUGCUGCUCCUGGACUUCGCUGAAGAACGCCUCGGGUGUACCAACUGUAUCAUCUGCGUGCUAAAGACCCGCCCGGACCGCGCCACUCUCCUGCGUACCUUCAUGUUCAUGGGUUUCCAAGUGCUGCCACCCAACUCUCCGCUAAUGCACGCCAUCACCAACCCUGAUUAUAUAUUUUUGCACUACAACAUGCAGUAAUGCCGUACAGCUGCACGGUUUUUGCAACUAGACAUAUUUUUCCCUACAAAUAUUGUUCUAGUUCCAAUUAUCAUGGAACAACGCCAUCUAUUAUCUGUAUCGCAAAACUUGAAAACAGCUGUCAUGUAUCGAAAUAUAGAUGGCGCUGAUAUUGUGACAGUGUCGUAGAAAUAGUUAUGGUUAAACAGUUUUUGUACGCAUUGAGAGUUAAUUAGUAACAUUAAAAGUUUUAAUAUACUAUACUGCUAAUUCUUAUU